AUGAUUGGCUCAGGAGAGCAGGUGCUGAAUGUCACCGCAGAUCAAGCCAAGAUGAUGAUCCGAGUGGAGGAGAUGGACAGCACCAACACGACUCCGACACCUGACCCCAGACCUACCGACAAAAUGAUUCUGGAUGUCGCGAACGGCUUCAGGCACGAACACCAGCGCUUUUUCUCCGAGACAGUCUGCUACACCUUUGACAUGCAUCCAGCUGGUGGCAUGAUGAGCCCGCUCAUGCGGUGGAAGAACUGGCCGAAGCGCGUCGAGCGCCUCGCCAUGGCAAGGAGCUCGACCGUGGUUGACGCGGCCCGUGAUGAAGACGGCAAGGAGGAGCCCGACAAUAGCUCGGGCAUCGUGCACGAUGUGCACGAGGAAUCGCCGAUGAACGAGACGCAGUUACGGCGCAUGAUGUUUGUUGAAGCUAUGACUCCCGGUUGCAGUGUCAGGCAGGUUGCUGGCCUCAACUGUACGGCUUGGGUCAUGAAUCAGUCGCACAGCCUGCACGUGAAGGAGAUGAUGCAGGCGAUGACCAGUAUGACGGAUGCCACGCUCCGCGAUCUCCCAGUCUGGUGGUUCACUUGGGAUGUCCAGGAUGCAUCCGAGAAAUUGCAGCUGCUCCAAUCCCUGCUGGACCCCACAGGAGUUGCGACGAUGUCGGCCCUGUUCGAGUUCUGCGUGACAGACUUGGGCGAGCUCUUGUCCGCGGAGUAUAAGCUGACCUAUGCCCGACAAGCUCAGAACGCCACAAACGAGACAGAGCAGGAUGCCGGACUGGAGAAUCAAAGCAAUGCCAGCCUGGGUGGGCCGAAUGUGUUGACGCUCUUCGAGUCAGACAGCCGGACCCAACUACUCUCCCCGCCGCACAGGCCUUCGAAUCUCUUGCAUCUGAGCGCCACGUACGGUGUCACUGGCGGUGAGUGCGUGGAUCUGACUCAGGGGAACGUGGGCGAGGCGGAGAUGGACUCAGAGGUCAACGGGCCGGAGCGCCUCGCGCGAAUCAAUCGGGAGACCGUCGGUCUCUGGGAGGCUGCCCCGUAUGACUUCUGGAAGGGUCUGAAGGUCCGUGAAAUCGUGCCCUCACUGGGCACUGAGAUUGGGCCGCUCCGUUUGCCUCUGCGGACCGGGGCCAGGCCAGCCCAGCCGAGCCUGGUCCGUGCAGAAGUGGUCUCCGAGCCCUCAGUGCCGGUGUCCUUCGAUGCUCGCGCACACUGGUCCAAGUGCAAUUCCAUCGGAAUCAUCCGCAACCAGGGCCGCUGUGGGUCGUGCUGGGCUGUGGCCGCGGCGACAGUAAUGACAGACAGAUUCUGCGUUGCGGCUUCUCAGUUCCUGGGUCGAAAUGACAGCGCUCAAGGCAGUCUGUUGCAGCUGUCUGAGAUGCAGGGCCUGUCUUUGGCUCCGGAGCUGCUCGUCCAGUGCGAUGAGACCAACCAUGGCUGCGGCGGAGGGCGUCUGGACGACGUUUGGCUCUUCCUGCGAAGCCACGGCGUACCUCAGGAAUCCUGCGCCCCGUACGAACACUGCCUUGUCCCGACGCAGCGCACGUGCGACUAUGACUGGCAGCCGAGGCCGACGAUGCAGCUGCAUUCAGAUCAGCAGGAUGAGGAGCCGCAGUCAAAGCAUGACAUCUGUAACGGGGCUUGUGCCGAUGGCUCAAAGAUGAAGCUCUUCAAGGUGGCAGAGGCCUACGCGGCUGCCCCGCCUCGUGACGUGGUGGGCCUACAGCGUGAGCUGCUGACACACGGCCCGGUGGAGGUGGCCUUCUUCGUCUUUUCUGACUGCAUGAGCUACAAGCGCGGCGUCUACUUCCGCACUCCUGGAGCCUUUGGUCCCUUGGGAGGCCACGCGGUGCGACUUCUCGGAUGGGGCACAGAGGAGGACUUUGGGAAAGACGCCCUGGAUUACUGGCUCAUCGCCAAUUCCUACUCUCCGCGUUGGGGCAUGCACGGCCUCUUUCGCAUCCGACGUGGCACUAACGAAUGUGGCAUCGAGUCAAUUCCUGCGGCUGGCACACCAGUUCGAGCGGCUAACGGUGAGAAAAAGAAAGAGAAGGAGAACAAUGACAAGCUCGCUCUCAACAUCACGAAGGAGGAUGCGGAGACAGUCACCCUUGCCAAGGACGAUGGCGGCCUGGAGUUUGUCUUCCCUUACGGGGCAACGCUGAACGCGCAGAAGCCCGCAGUUCCCAUCCUUUCUUCGGGACUGCUGCACAUCGAUAUGCGAAGACGUAAUGACGACUAUGGAAUGCCAGACAGUGGCUGGUUGACAACGGCAGCACACAUGCCCGAGGAUGACUUCCUGGACUGUGAGAAGAACAGGCUAUUGCGGAUUGGUGACUGUGAGCUCAGCUACGCAUAUGGCGAGGAGAUGCAAGAGCUACAGAAUACGGAGAACGAGCAGUUACCGAGGGACUUCACCCAGCUCUUUGACGAUAGCCUCUUCAAGUUCGCUCCUGCCUUGGGACGGAUUGCUGACGGUCGCUUGCUCUUCUCUCCUUGCCAUGAAGUCGCUGUAAGCGACGGACACCUCAGGACACUGACUUGA